AUGGAUAGAGAAACUUUCUUAUUUUUUUUAUUUUUCAUCAUUUCUGAGAUUUUUAGUGUUUCAAACUCUGCUGAAAUGUCAUCUAAUGGUGAAUUGAAAUCUAUAGAUGCUUCGGAAAGGAUUAAACUUGUAAAUUUAGAUUUUUGCAACUCUAAAGAGGCGAUUAUCGAUAUUCAAGACAUAAGUAGUGGAGACUCCGUGAAAUACUCAAUCACUGUUGAACCUGGAACAACAAUUACUGUGAAUAUUAAGGGUAAUCCUACAACAGGGUAUAGCCAAAGGAUGACUACUAAGCCAGAAGAAACCAUUGUAAAAGUUGUUGGCACUGAACCAAAUUAUGUUCCGGUCCCUCAUGAAGAAAUGAUGGUUGGAUACGGUGGAAUUUAUGUUUUCAAGUACUUGGCAAUUAAACCUGGCACAACAUCUUCAACUAUCGAGUAUGCCAGAUACUUCGAAAUCCCACACAGAUGUAUUUUUAAGACAGAAAUCCAAUUCAAAGUCGUUGAUCACUGUGGUGAACAAAUACUAAAAGAAUAG